GUUGUCAUCUCACACACAGCCACGUCUCCAAGCAGCAGCUAGCAAGCUAGCUAGCCAACCUCAAUCUCACUCACAUCUGGAACUGCAACGAAGAAUCCAUUCUCCAAUCUCGUUGAUUACCCUAGCAGGGCCGGGACUUGCACGUACGCCAUGACGAAGGACGUGGUGAUCGAGCACGGGGAGAGCUCCAAGGCGCCUCUGGUGGCGCCGGUGGCGGCGGGCGGCGUCAGCCGCGCCGUGUCCGUCGCCGACGUCUUCCUCAGGUUCCUUGCCAUCGUCGCCACCAUCGGCAGCGCCGUCUCCAUGGGCACCACCAACCAGACGCUCCCCUUCUUCACGCAGUUCAUCCAGUUCGAGGCCAAGUACAGCGACCUCCCGUCCUUCACGUUCUUCGUGGCGGCGAACGCGGUGGCGUGCACGUACCUCGUGCUGUCCAUCCCGCUGUCCAUCGUGCACGUCGUCAGGCCCAGCGCCCGCUACAGCCGUCUGGUCCUCGUCUUCUUCGACGCGGCUAUGCUGGCCCUGCUGACGGCCGGCGCGUCGGCCGCCGCGGCGAUCGUGUACCUGGCGCACAAGGGCAACGUGCGCGCCAACUGGUUCGCCAUCUGCCAGCAGUUCGACUCCUUCUGCGAACGCAUCUCGGGCUCCCUCAUCGGCUCCUUCGCCGCCAUGGUCCUGCUCAUAGUCCUCAUCUUCCUAUCUGCCUUGGCGCUCGCCAGACGCCACUGAUGAUGAUGAAGCCCCCCAUCUAUCAGCCGCCCUGAGCAUGACCGCAGUGAAGACCAAGGGGCUCGAUUUAAUUUGUUCUCUUCUGGUCGAUUUGAUCUUGCAUCUGCUUCUGUUGUGUGGACUCUUUUCCAUGGUUAUUCUUCGUUUGCUCUUUGAUCUGAAUUGCUAGCCCUGUUUCAGUCUCUGAAACCGUGCUGUCCUUCAACUAUAGAAGGACGAGUUUUCAGAUCUGUAGUGUGAUUAUAAUGGUCGGACGAAAGGCAAAAUAUACAGUGCAAAUUCAUCUCUGAGGCGUUGUUGUCGCCGAGCAAUCC